AUGGUUCUGAGAACGCAGCACUCGGGACACAGCAAGAAGUUCAGGUAUGAGGUUGUUGACUCGGACUUUAAGGCGUAUGGGGCGAGAAAGAAAGCCGAAGAAGAGGGGGAAAGACCGUUCCAUCGACCCAAAGCCUGUAGGGGAAAAGAACGACAGCAAGAAAUGUUGAGUAAGGGAAACGACUGGUACAAGAAGGCCGGAAACGAGGAGGUAAUCUUUAUUGUACCAGCUACACCGAAUUCACAGCUACAGAGGAGAUACCAGAGGGAAAUAAGACAACAGGGUUUUAAUGUGAAGGUGGUCGAAAAAGCUGGUGUUGCGAUUAAAAGGUUACUCCAUCACGCAGCGCGUAUACAAGAGGGAAAGAACACAUGA